AUGCAGAGCAACCUUUCUUCGGAUGUCAUCGUUGAAAUACUCAUGAGAUUGCCAGUUAAGUCUAUUUGUCGGUUCAAAUGUGUUUGCAAGCUCUGGUGUUUGCUUAUCUCUGAUCCCACAUUCAUCAAAAGGCAUCUCAAUUUAGCAAUCAUAGAUAAAGACAUCGAGCACCAGAGGCAGAAGCUCAUUCUCCGCUCGAGCUCCACACCGUCUCUGUAUCAUGUGGAGUGUGCUGCUAUGACAUCUAACGAUGUCAUGGCGGUGAAGCUCCAUUUUCCAUUGAUAAGUUCAUUUGACAAAGUCAAAUACUUGGAGAAGAGCCCAAACAGUGAUUCGGGUGUCCACCUCAAUGGCGCUGUCCAUUGGGUGUUUGCUCGAGGUAAGGAUUCUUCAUUAGUGUCGAUGCCAAGGUUGAUCGUUGCAUUCGAUUUUGCUGAAGGAAAGUUCCGGGAAUUGCCUCGACCAUAUGAUGAUGCAGAGAAUGUGACUGCAGUUGGGGUUUUAGGAGGAUGUCUUUGUUGGCUAGGGGAGCAACAAGAUUUCUGGGUUAUGAAGGAAUACGCUGUGAAAGAAUCAUGGACUAAAGUCGUGAUCGGCGUCCCCUUUUUGAACUUGAGACCUAGUUUCUUGAAGAAUGAUGAAGCUUUGUUGGUGAUUAAUGAAGGAUUGAUUGUUUACAAUCCAAAAGAAGAUACGCACAGGGAGAUUGUAAUCCAUGGCAUCAAUGGCAGGGGGAAUCUUGAAAUAGAGACAUAUGUGGAGAGCCUUGUUUCACUUAAUGUAUAG